GAAGCUCCAAUACAAAUAAUUGGUCUCUGGCACAAGACCAAAUGCCGCCCAGGGGAGGCUCGAGCGGAGAGGAGGACGACGUCGAGGAGCGUUGGGAUGACGACGCGGUGGUGGUUGAUAUCAACACGGUCACGCCAGUCACGACACUCAAGAACUGCCUUAGCACUGACCUGCCGCUUCGAUUGGCGUACUUGAAGAGCCUUGCGUCCGCUGCCACCCGGGCCAACAAAAGGGAGCUGCAACAACUCUUAGACGCCGUGCCAACACUCUUGGAUGACGAGGCGCUGGGUGUAAGGUUGGAAACAUUGGAGCAACUGUCACAGCUUGCCAAGGUUUGCAGCUCCACGUGUAGCUGUGAGGAGGUGGAGGAGGCGGUGGUGAACGGACUGGAGGCUCAGCUGCUGCCGGCCAUAGCGCCGGCGCCCGGCGGCAGCGGCGUGGCCGGCACCAGCACCCUGCCUAUGGUCCGGGAGGCCCAGUUGGCCGCCCUGGACUCGGUGUGCGGCGUGCUCCCGGCCAGCUCUGUGCACCCGCUGCUGGCACGCCUGUGCCGUGCAGCCGACUCCGGGCUGGAGAAGGCCGCUGGGCAUUCUGGUGGUGGCAGCGGUGGCAAGGCGGGCGGUGACGCCGCACUCAUGGCUCUGUCCAUGCUGGCGGUGGCGGUGCGGCACAUGCCUCCGGAGCGGGGGCUGGCGACAGCUCACAGCCUGGCAACAAAGCUUUCCGCGAACGCGGACCUGCGAGUCCGUGAGGCACUGGCCAGCGUGCUGCCGCACCUUUUCAGUAAUUUCGCCCGGCUGCCGGGCGCGUUGGAGCAGAUGUGUGCGCUGUUCAGCAAGCUGUGCGAGGACAAGGUGUGGAGCGUGCAGCAGGCGUGCGCGCGUGUUGUGCCGGACGUCAGCGAGCAGUGCAGCCGGGCCGCAUGCGACGUGAGCACGGGCGCCCCCGCCAGCACCAGCGGCAGUGCGGAUGCGGCGCUUGCUGCUCGCUGCGACGGCCUGCAACGGGGUGUGCUGGAGGGGGAGUACCUGGGCAGGCUGCUGCCAGCCAGCUCACAGUGGGUGGUCACGGCUGCGCGCCAGGUGGCAGGAGCGGCCAUUGCGGGACUGCGACCGGGGCUGACGGCGGAUCUGCUGCCGCGGCUUCUGGACGCAUUUUGCGCCGCGUCCGCUGCGGUGGGGCAGGGCGCUGUGGAGGUGAAGCGGGCGUGUGCGGCGGCCUUCGCAGACGUGCUAGCCAAGGCGGGCCAUGCGCACUGGCCACAGCUGCACCCGGUGUGGGGACGGCUGCUGCGCCAGGCGGAUGGCGCCACGCUGUGCAACGCUGUGGGCGGCGCGGAGCGGGUGGUGCGGGUGCUGGCGGCUGGGCCACUCGGGGCGUCAGGCGCGGCGCAGGAGGUUGUGGGCGGGCAGCUGCAGGAGGUGCUGCGGGCCAACCUGCACGCCGUGGCGCCGGCCGUGUGUGAGGAAAUGGCGGGGCUGCUGGCGGUGUGCCCGCCGGAGCUGCAGCGGCAGGUGCUGGAGGUGCUGCCGGCACUCUGCGAGCCGCCGGCGGCCGGCAGCGGCCGCUGUGGCGAUUGGCGGCCGCGGCUGUGCCUGGCACGGCAGCUGCACGCCACCGUAUGUGCGGUGGCGGCGCCCGGCGCCGCGGGCCCCGAUGCGGCGGCGACAGUGGCGCGUUGUGCGGUGCAGCUAUGCGGCGACCCCGUCUGGUCGGUGCGGCAAGCCGCGGCGGCACAGGUUGGUCUCAUACUCGGACAGGCGUCGCCACCGCCCCCGUUAAACCAGGACGCCGAAGACGGAGCGGCUACGCCUGGCAGCAGCGCUGCAACAACGGUAGCGCUGACGGAGACGCAGCGGAGCUGGCUGCAGCGGUUAUCUGGGGUUGAGAGCUGUGAGGGGCUGCCAGGGCUGGGGGUGGAGGCACUGCAGGUGCUUUCUUCCUGGUUGGGUGCCGCUGUCGGCGGGACGCGGGCGGAGGAAUCCCUGGCUGUCACAGCGUGCUGUGCUGCUUUUGCGAGCCAAGCAUGUUGAUCUGGCUCGGUUGUGUCG